UUUGCAUUUAACAAACAUCCCCCAUCCUCAAAACCCCCGACUAUAAUGUGUAACUUAAUCGUCAACAUGAAAAUCACAAACAGAACACAAGAAGAAACAGAGAAAGAUAACAAGAAACAGAACAAACAAUCACAACACCAAACAAGAGAAGCAAGAAUCUGCAGCAGAGCUUUGUGUUGCAGCAACAAAGCAAGACUCAGCACUUCUUCUGCUUCUUCUUCCUCGGUGGAAUCAGACAGAAGUUCUAGAUAUUCAGACCAGUACGGUUCGCUCUCUAGCCUAGCACACUACAUGGUUCAGGAGAAGCUAGAGCAGAUGAUCAGAGAGACACAAGAAGCCACACAACAUCAAGCAAAGAUUAGGCAAGAAAAGGCGAGAAGAACAAGAAGAAGAAGCGAGGGGAGCAUCGGUAGCACUAAGUUCAUUGUCAUGAUGGCGAUGGAGAAAUUUUCUUAUGAUCCAAGAGAGGACUUUAGAGACUCCAUGGUGGAGAUGAUUGUAGCAAACAAAAUAAAAGAAGCAGAUGAACUUAGAAGCCUCUUGGAGUACUAUCUAUCGAUGAAUCCUCGCGAGUACCGGUCUGCCAUUCUCGAGAUCUUUUACGAGGUUUGUGCUGAUUUGUUUCGUAGCUAAAAGAGAACAAAGACCACUUGUUUCUUUCAAAUGUCUGUGUAAAAGAUACUUGGUUUGUAACAAACCGGUUUUCUAAGUAAUAAAUAGACCGAUUUGUAUAACAUUAAUAAACCAAAAAAAUAACUGAACU